AUGUAAGUAGAACCUCAAAAAAGCAAAAGUAUUAACCUCUCAAAAAAAGAGCUCAAAAGUUUUAAUAAGCUUCAUCUUAAAUAAAAUGACAUUAAAGAAAUUGAAGAAUUAAAUCUUUCUGCUAACAAUAUAGAGUCAACAGACAACAUUUCACUUUUAACAAAUCUGAAAGCUUUAAACAUUUCUUCGAAUUUGCUUGUGAAAAUGUACGGAUUACCAAAAUCAUUAAUAUUAUUAAAUGCAUCAAACAAUAAAAUAAAUGAACUCUUUAGCAUAAGGAAUAAUUAAGUACUUCAAUCUUGCUUUGAUUAGAUGGCUAAUCUGACAAUUCUUGAUCUUUCCAAAAAUAACAUUGCUAAAUUACAUUCAAAUCUAUUUGAUAAUUGCAAGCACUUAUCUGACAUUGACUUGUCUCAUAACAAAAUUUCAGACUAAUUAGAAUGUUUUGUUAAAUUACCUGACUUAAUAAAAUUGAAUUUGAGUUACAACAAAAUAACAGAUUUAAAUUCUCUUUGCUAGCUAAAAGGAUGCUUAGUUAUAGCACUUAACGUUUUAUCUAAUACUGUCACUAAACAAAACUCUUUACAGUGUGAGAAUUUGUUGAGAGCUAUUUUACCCAAUAUCUAAUCUCUGACUAUUAACUAAGAAAGAAGUUUAACUCCAUAACCUAUGAAAAAUCAAAAAAUUGAAAAAAAUAAAAACAGCUCUGCACUUCCUGACAAAACUCAAAAAUAAUUUAUAUCCCCAUUUAAAAAAAGAUUGUCAAUUGCAAGUACUGAUAGCUCUACCAAAAAUUUAUCUGCAUAAAGAUAGCUUUAGUUUGAUAAUGUUUCUUUUAUGAGAUAAGUUGAUCCAUAAAAUGAAACUUAAGUUUUCUAAGACUUCAUUCUCCUAAAUAAUUCUUUUGUUUAGCCUAGAUAAGAUAUUCCCUAGAAUGCAUGUAUUUUUAGCUCUGCAUCUCCAUUUGAUUAUGUAGAUAAUCAGUAGAAAAAAAUUAAAUUGUAAGAAAACAAUGAAAAUGAUGAGAAACUUCAUAAUCAUAACAGCUGCUUAAAAAAAAUAUCUAUCUUGCAACAAAAACAAAAGAUGGAUUAAGAACUUAUCAACCAGUAAACUAAAAUGAUUUAAGAUCUAGUUUUUUGCAAAAAUUGUGAGGAAUAAAAAAAAAUAAAAUAAGUAGCAUUAGAAGAGAUAUCGUUUAAGGAGGAUACAAUGAUUUAAAAAUCAUUUAAUUUGACUUAUUUAAAAGCUAAGUUUGACAUUUUAAUGUUUGCCUUUUCAAAAUAAACUAAAUUGAACAUUAAUGAAAUCGAUGAUUAUCUAAAAUAAGUAAUUGGUGAUAAAGUAAUUUUAACGUCUGAAUAGAAAUGUUAGUUGGGAUACUUAAUUUGUGACAAGGUACAUUCUGCAAAUAAUAGCAAAUAAUCAUUUUGA